AUGGUACAAUACGAAUACCAAAACGCAACUAUUAUUCAUACUCGCACUUCGACGAAGUCUAACGCCAAUCUGUUUAACUGCCAGUGCAUUAAUACAACUGAAGAUGCGGAGCUUUUCCGAAGUAACAAACUAAUGAUGUUAUAUUAAAUAAUUAUGAUAGAUUCACUAAUAAUAAUAAUAUCUAUAUAUUUCAGGUAACGAAACUGUGCUUUUCAUAUUACACAAUACUCAGAUCAACGUGAACAACAGAUCGACAUCAGCGUUGGCUACUAUUGGCAAUGUAAAAUAACCGUAUUAAUUAAUACUAGUGUUACCCAAAUAUAUGGCGUACUUUCACAUGCUAUAGAAACAAAUGUUGCUUAUUUUUAGGUAAAUUGA